CUGCGGCGCGUCGGCCGGAUUCCUUCUUAAAUGACUGCGGAUAUGCGGGCGGUCGGAGCAGCAAACGGCGAGGACAGGCUCACGCCAGGCUUGCGAAUGGCACCGGCGCAGCAGUUACGCUCUGUCGCUCGACCCUCCGGAAUCGCCUCCCGUGUCCCUAGUGAGACACCAGGGCGCUGCCGGAGCCCAGCCUCUCGGUAGCUGGGAAGCACCUCCUGCCUGGGGCAGCGCGGGUGCAGGGUACACGUUCGCGCCCAUGCGCGCGCGCGAGCGCGCACACGAACACGCGCAAGAGGCUGCCCAAGCCCCGGCUUCCAUUUCAGCAAGGGGGACCUAAGCCUCUGCUGCGGUGUCGAAGAGAUGUAAGAAUUAGGGACCAAGGAAGCAUCCCCGAGGCGCAACGCUGCAUUUCAGAGCCCUGAGGUGCGCAUCGAUAGCCGCGAAGGUUAGCGGUUCUGCGACCCAAAGAGUCCGGGGAGACCCAGCGAGCGGGUGCCCGACUUGUAGGACCAUGCAGCCGCCCUGUGGCUCGGAGCAGCGGCCCGCGGCGUUCCAGCCACUGUGAACGGUUUGACCCGCGCCAACCUGCUCAAGCCCAGCACAGCCAGGCUCAGCCUCCGGGACGCUCCACUCCGCGGGAGGCCACCAGCAGCAAGCGAGAGGGCGCCGCGAAGGCCUCCCCCCCUCUGGCGGGGGACGCCUGGCUCAGCAUAGGGACACGCACUCCGACUGACCGGCACUGGCAGCAAGGGAUGUCGCCCUGGCCGAGGUGGCAUGGACCCGCUAUGGCGCGGCUCUGGGGCUUAUGUUUGCUGGUGGUGGGCUUCUGGAGGGCCUCUCUCGCCUGCCCCGUGUCCUGCAAAUGCAGUGCCUCUAGGAUUUGGUGUACGGAACCUUCUCCUGGCAUCGUGGCAUUUCCGAGGUUGGAACCUAACAGUGUCGACCCAGAGAACAUCACCGAAAUUUUCAUUGCAAAUCAGAAAAGGUUAGAAAUCAUCAAUGAAGAUGACGUUGAAGCUUACGUGGGGCUGAAAAACCUGACAAUUGUGGAUUCCGGAUUAAAAUUUGUGGCUUACAAGGCGUUUCUGAAGAAUGGCAACCUGCGGCACGUUAAUUUCACACGAAACAAGCUGACGAGUUUGUCUAGGAAGCAUUUCCGCCACCUUGACUUGUCUGAGCUGAUCCUGGUGGGCAAUCCGUUCACGUGUUCCUGUGAGAUUAUGUGGAUCAAGACUCUUCAGGAGACUAAAUCCAGCCCCGACACUCAGGAUUUGUACUGCCUCAAUGAAAGCAGCAACAACACCCCCCUGGCAAACCUGCAGAUACCCAAUUGUGGUCUGCCAUCUGCACGGCUGGCUGCUCCGAACCUCACUGUGGAGGAAGGAAAGUCCGUAACGCUUUCCUGCAGCGUGGCCGGUGACCCACUCCCCACGAUGUACUGGGACGUUGGAAAUUUGGUGUCCAAGCACAUGAAUGAAACGAGCCACACUCAGGGCUCCUUAAGGAUAACGAACAUUUCAUCUGAUGACAGUGGAAAGCAAAUCUCUUGUGUGGCAGAAAACCUCGUGGGAGAAGAUCAGGAUUCUGUGAACCUCACUGUGCACUUUGCCCCAACCAUCACAUUUCUGGAAUCUCCCACCUCAGACCAUCACUGGUGUAUCCCGUUCACUGUGAGAGGCAACCCCAAGCCGGCGCUCCAGUGGUUCUAUAACGGGGCGAUCCUGAACGAAUCCAAAUACAUCUGCACUAAGAUACACGUCAGCAAUCACACGGAGUACCACGGCUGCCUCCAGCUGGACAACCCCACCCACAUGAACAAUGGAGACUACACCUUGAUGGCCAAGAACGCCUACGGAAAGGACGAGAGACAGAUUUCCGCCCACUUCAUGGGCCGGCCCGGAGUUGAUUAUGAGACAAACCCAAAUUACCCUGAAGACCUCUAUGAAGACUGGACCGCGGCGACUGACAUUGGGGACACCACGAACAAGAGCAACGAAAUCCCUUCGACAGAUGUUGGUGACCAAACCAAUCGGGAGCACCUCUCGGUCUACGCUGUGGUGGUGAUUGCAUCUGUGGUGGGAUUCUGCCUCCUGGUGAUGCUGCUGCUGCUCAGGUUGGCAAGGCACUCCAAGUUUGGCAUGAAAGGCCCGGCUUCAGUCAUCAGCAAUGACGACGACUCUGCCAGCCCCCUCCACCACAUCUCCAACGGGAGUAACACUCCAUCCUCUUCAGAGGGUGGUCCCGAUGCUGUCAUUAUUGGAAUGACCAAGAUCCCUGUUAUUGAAAACCCCCAGUACUUUGGCAUUACUAACAGUCAGCUCAAGCCAGACACAUUUGUUCAGCACAUCAAGAGACACAACAUUGUUCUGAAGAGGGAGCUUGGUGAAGGAGCCUUUGGAAAAGUUUUCCUAGCAGAGUGCUAUAACCUCUGUCCAGAGCAGGAUAAGAUCCUGGUGGCCGUGAAGACACUGAAGGAUGCCAGCGACAAUGCUCGCAAAGACUUCCAUCGUGAAGCUGAGCUGCUGACCAACCUCCAGCAUGAACAUAUUGUCAAGUUCUACGGUGUCUGUGUGGAGGGCGACCCUCUCAUCAUGGUCUUUGAGUACAUGAAGCAUGGGGACCUCAACAAGUUCCUGAGGGCACACGGACCUGAUGCAGUGCUGAUGGCAGAGGGCAACCCACCCUCUGAGCUGACGCAGUCCCAGAUGCUGCACAUCGCUCAGCAAAUAGCAGCGGGCAUGGUCUACCUGGCGUCCCAACAUUUUGUGCACCGCGACCUGGCCACCCGGAACUGCCUGGUGGGAGAGAACCUGCUGGUGAAAAUCGGGGACUUCGGGAUGUCCCGGGACGUGUACAGCACCGACUAUUAUAGGGUCGGUGGCCACACCAUGCUGCCCAUCCGCUGGAUGCCCCCAGAGAGCAUCAUGUAUAGGAAGUUCACCACCGAGAGUGACGUCUGGAGCCUGGGAGUUGUGUUGUGGGAGAUCUUCACCUAUGGCAAGCAACCCUGGUAUCAGCUAUCAAACAAUGAGGUGAUAGAGUGCAUCACCCAGGGCCGGGUCCUGCAGCGGCCGCGCACUUGCCCCCAGGAGGUGUACGAGCUGAUGCUGGGGUGCUGGCAGCGGGAGCCACACAUGAGAAAGAGCAUCAAAGGCAUCCACACCCUCCUUCAGAACUUGGCCAAGGCAUCUCCUGUCUACCUGGACAUCCUCGGCUAGGGCCUUUCUCCCCACACCGUCCCUCCCAACACAUUCCUCAGACUGGCCGACAGGAUGAACCUCUUAACUGCCGCUGAUGUCGUGACCUCGCUGUCCUGAGCUCUGACAGUAUUCACAGGACAAGGAGCGGCUUCAGGGGAGCAGCGUACACUUCUCCAUCCACCGACAGUAUUAACUCGCUUUUGGCAUUGUCUUUCUCUCUUCUCAUCUCCUUUGGUUUGUUUCUUUCUUCAGCCCUUUCUCCUUUUAUUUUCGGUCUUCCCCUGCUUCACGGUCCUCAGCCUCUCUCCUUGAUCAGUCUGGCUUCUGUGUUCCUGUUACCUGUACAUAGACAAAGGCCUUAACAAACGUAAUUUGUUAUAUCAGCAGACACUCCAGUUUGCCCACCACAACUAACAAUGCCUUGUUGUAUUCCUGCCUUUGAUGUGGAUGAAAAAAAGGGAAAUCAAACAUCAGACUUAAACCGUCACUUCUGAUGUACAGACACGGGGCUUCUGUGGAUUCACU